UUCCUUGAUGUCCCUUGUUUUCCAUCACAGCGUCUACCAGCUGUUUCCAGCGCAGAGAUCACCCAGAAAAGUAGAUGGGAAGGGAAGCUCCAGGGAUGUAUAAAUGCAGCUUUCCCCAGCAGGUGUCGAUCACGACAAGAUGGCUGGUCUUACCGCCUUCUCGUUGAUUUGGAUCAUAUACUCGCUCACAAAACCCGCCGAUGCAUACCGCUUCCCCUCACACCAUCUUCAUCGACGUGCCACCAGUUGGACUGCACUUGGAUGCUGGACCGAUAAUGUUGGUGGUGCAAGAACGCUUUCUGCAGCUGCAUACACAGACACUGUGAAUAUGACUAUUGAGUCAUGCAUCAACUUCUGUUCGACCGGCUCCAACGCCUACGUUUACGCAGGUGUCGAAUAUGCCCAGGAGUGUUACUGCAGCAACUACUUCUCGAGUGGCGCCACUAAUACCACCUCGUCUGAUUGUAACAUGCCCUGUACUGGUAACGCAAGCGAAUUCUGCGGUGCUGGCAACAGACUGGAUAUAUUCUGGAGUGGGUCCCAACCUCCCCCUCCACCCGUCCUGGUACCUAGUGUUGGGAACUGGUCGCUGCUCGGAUGCUACAACGACUCAGCGACGCGAGCCUUGCCAUACGGUGUGGGCGUGACUGGAGGCGUGACUGUCGAAUCGUGUAGCACCGCGUGUUACAAUGCUGGAUACCCUUAUGCGGGCAUGGAAUACGCUGAUGAAUGCUACUGUGGGUUGACCAUCGAGAACAACUCUGGUCCAACGGCAAACGCGGAUUGCGAUAUGACAUGCGCGGGAAAUUCGUCCGAGUUAUGCGGAGGGCCUAACCGGCUCAGUAUGUAUAACUACACCCAGCCUCUUCCGACAACUCCUAUUACCAAUGCUGGUGGUAAUCCUGGUACAGGUAGCACUGUCUCGCCAGUGACCUCUGGCUUAACUGGCAACUGGACAUAUGGAGGAUGCUACGUCGACAACGUAAAUGGGCGUAUAUUGGGGAACGAACUUGACAGCGCUUCCACCACAGUGCAGAGUUGCAUCGCAAACUGUGCCGGGCAAAACUUCACUAUCGCAGCUAUCGAGUACAGCACGCAAUGCUUCUGCGGUGAUUAUCUCAUUAAUGGGGCUACGAAAGGAGUGGACAGUGACUGCAAUAUGGGCUGUGGUGGAAAUGCGACUGAGGCAUGUGGUGGUCCAAACCGAAUGUCUGUGUAUUCCUCUACUGGAAACAUAACAUUACUCCCUGUUCCUACAUUAAAAACCACAAGCUUGCCAGGACAAUGGGAAUAUCAAGGCUGUUUGGUGGAUUCAACUAAUGGCGUUCGGGUGUUCCCAUAUGAGAUGGACUGGACCACUAACAACACCGUUGAUGCGUGCUUAAACCAGUGUGCUGCCUUUGGGUAUCCCGCAGCUGGCCUUGAAUACGGUGAACAGUGUUUCUGUGGCGACGUCAGUGAUGUCACAGCAAGUGGUGGGACGUAUGUCUCGGAUUCACAGUGUAACGUCGCUUGCUCGGGAGACCCAAUUCACCUGUGUGGAGGACAAAGCAAGCUGUCUACUUACUACUGGAACGGGACGAUGAACUUGUGGAACACCCCUGCGAAUACUGGCUACUAUGAGUUCUUCAUAGGCGGUCUCGUCGUCCCUCUCAUCGCUACUGUUGGCAUCAACAACAAAGUCACCUUCCUGGAGAAGUGGGGCACCUCGGAAUAUAACAAUUCAACUGGCGCGUACGAGUUGGACAUCAGUUUGGUAGACAAUUACCACCUGGCUUGGCGCGAGAUGCAUUUGAAGACGGACGUGUUUUGUUCUGGUAGUAUCAUUCUGCCAGACAAGGGUGCAAGGCAAAUUAAUGUGGGUGGAUGGUCGCUCGAGUCAACUUUCGGUGUGAGAUUGUAUACGCCCGAUGGGAGCCCUGGUGUCAAUGGCACAAAUGACUGGGAAGAGAACGUUGAUGAGCUCACACUCCAGCGUGGCCGAUGGUAUCCUACCGCGAUGAUGAUGCCAAACGGAAGUAUUUUGGUCGUUGGCGGAGAGUCAGGAAGCAAUGCCUCCCCGCAGCCCAGCCUUGAGAUCCUUCCAAAACCACCGGGUGGCGAUACGGUCAUUACGUUGGACUAUCUCCAGCGGACAGAUCCCAACAAUCUCUACCCGUUCCUCUUGGUGAUGCCCAGCGGCCGGUUCUUCAUUGGCUACUACAACGAGGCUCGCGUUCUUGACCCUGUCACCUUCGAUACAGUGACGGUGCUGCCCAACAUGCCGGGUGCCGUGAAUAACUUCCUUGCUGGCCGGACGUACCCGAUGGAAGGCUCUGCGGUGCUUCUUCCGCAGUAUGCGCCGUACACAGAUCCGAUCGAGGUUCUCAUCUGUGGUGGCUCGACCAUCGGAGCCGCCAUUGCGCUGGAUAACUGUAUCACGAUUGCCCCUGAGGUGGAGAACGCGGCGUGGACCUUAGAACGCAUGCCUUCCAAACGGGUAAUGCCUUGCAUGGUGACCCUGCCUGAUGGCACGUAUAUGAUCAUGAACGGCGCCCAUCAAGGUGUUGCUGGCUUUGGCCUUGCAACGGACCCCAAUCUGAGUGCAAUUCUCUACGACCCUUCAAAGCCGGUCGGACAGCGCAUGUCCAUCCUCAACAAUACCAUCGUGGCUCGCUUGUAUCACUCUGAGGCGACCCUGCUGCCUGAUGGGCGUGUUCUGGUGUCUGGUUCAGACCCCCAGACGAACUAUCCCAACGGGUCUUACGUGUACCCAGAGGAGAUGCGCAUUGAGGUUUAUAUCCCGCCAUACCUUAAUCAAGGGUUGCAGCAACCGGAGUUCACCAUCAGUGCCACUGACUGGGCGCUGGGAGGGCAGUACAGUAUUACAGUAACUUUAUUCCAGGGAACGACGAGCAAUAUGCGCAUUUCACUCGUGGCGGCUUCGUCUAGCACGCACGGAAACGUUAUGAGCGGUGGGAGGAUUAUCUUCCCCGACUUUUCGUGCUCUGGGAACACUUGUACCAUCACUGCGCCCCCGAAUGCGUUCGUGUGUCCUCCAGGAUGGCACCAAUUGUUUAUUUUGGACGGUCCGACGCCAUCGCACUCUGCUUGGGUUCGCAUUGGAGGCGACCCUGGAAAGCUAGGGAACUGGCCUGAUUACCCUGACUUCACCACCCCAGGUGUCUAAGUCAACCCCAUUCGUUCUGAUUUAUUUCCUUAAUUAUGGUUGGUUGAACUUUCGAGCUGGACAUGGUUUGAUUGUUAUUUGUUAUUUAUGUAUAAGCCCAGUCUUCGAGUUGAACACAUUCGUUUGCUACAUAUUCGUCAUUUGUGUAGAAUUGGUUAUUAUACCUUUUGGUAGUUGUCCAUAUUAAUUUGAUGUGGUAUGAGAUACAGUGAUGGUACAACACUAAGAUAGUAAUAUCUGAG